CCAAAGGACCCUAUCGAUCUGGGAGCACGCUGCCCACGGUCGCACAUAUUAUUUAUCGCCAUCGCAAGUCGCAGGUGCCUUCUCGGGCGGUCACGCUCGCCGUUCUCUGUCUCUUUGUCUCUCGGCGUCGUUCUCAUUCAUUGGUGUUCAGAUCUCUGUUCUUUCCGCAAGGAUCAAUAUUAAAAUUUCAAGAUGCCGGCUACUGCGGGUAGAGUUCGUAUGCCUGCAAACAAUCGGGUUCACAGUAGUGCAGCCCUUCAAACCCAUGGUAUAUGGCAGAGUGCUAUUGGUUAUGAUCCAUAUGCACCCAACAAGGAAGACAAGAAGGAUACUUCACAGAGAGAAGUGAAUGCAGAACCAGAUGCUGAAAAUGCAUACGCCAACUUCCAAGGACUCCUUGCACUUGCUAAAAUAUCAAAUUCUAAUGUGGAUGUGGAUCGAGGAUCCUGCAAGAAGUGUGGGCGUGUUGGGCACCUCAAGUUUCAGUGUAAGAACUAUGUAAAGGUCAAGGAUGACAAUGAGGAAAAGGAUGCAGAAGCUAUGCAAGUUCCAGCAUUGAUUGCGCUGGAUAAAUUGAAGGGGAGGGCAGCAAAGAUUGAAAGAAGUGCUGUUGAGAGCUCAGAUGGGAGUGAUGAGGAGGACAAUAGUGGGAGUUUAGACUCUGAGGUAGACUCAGAGAUUGAGAGAAUUAUUGCGGAAAGGUCUGGGAAGAAAAUUAGCAAAAAGGGAGGUUCUUCAAGAAAAAGGAAGGACUCUGAUGAAGAUGAGUCUGACUCUGGCUCUGGCAAGAGGAGGAAGAGAGGGAGAUCAAAAAGUAGGCAUGGGAAGAGAGAAAUUAGUGAUUCUGAUUCAGAUUUAAGGAGGAGGAAGAGGAGGGAGCACAGGCGGAAGAAGGGCAAGUCUUCAGAUGAGAAAUAUGACCGUAAGCACAGAAGAAAGAGUCGGAAGGAGAAGAGGAGAAGGAGAAGCUGUCGAUCAGAUUCUGAUUCUGAAACAUCUGAGGAUUCUGGGAGAAGACAUAGACGGAGAACUAGGAAGGCAGAAUCAUCAACUGAUGCUGAUUCAAGUGAUCUGGAUGAUUCAAGAAUGGGAAGGGAGGUGAAGAAAACUAUAAAAGGCCGAAGAUGCCAUUCAGAAGAUAACGAGUAGAAUAGUUAAGUGUUUACUACGAACUGUCGUAUCCAUGGAAGACAGUUUCUUUGAGUGGCUGAUGACUAUAUAUGAAACAUGAUUUCCGUGUGCAAUAAAUGAGUACUGUCAUUGCUUGUAACAUCAUAAUUUUAUUUUGGGAGGCAAAAAUGCAUGCAGUGAAGUUCAAAUUUGUAAAGAAUAUUCUGCCAGUUCUCGGACUGGUGUUAUGCCUACAUCAUUGAUUGCUGUUCGUGUUGGAAUGAUAGCUUUGGCUUUGCCUGCUUGAACUA